AUGGCGUCGCAAGAUGAUUCCAAGAUUGUUGCUGGAAAUGGUGAUUUCAAUGCUCCGCACAAUUUUCUCUACCUCCAUCCUAGCGAGAAUCCAGCGAUUUCUUUGGUUUCACCUGUCCUGGAAUCUCACAACUAUCAUUCGUGGAGCAAGUCGUUUGCCACUGCCCUUAGUGCGAAAAAUAAGAGCAUACUAUGGAUGGAUAAAUCUGAGGAUAUAUGGAGAGAUCUUAAAUCCAGGUUCUUUCAAGGAAACCUCCUUCAUAUAUCUGAAUUGCAAUCGGAAGCUUCUUCCCUUAAACAAGGAAAUGCCUCUAUGAUUGAAUAUUUUACCAAGAUGCGAGUUCUUUGGGAUGAACUAGAUAGUUUUCGCCCAUAUCUGAUUUGCAAUUGUUCAGCUAAGUGUUCUUGUGAUCUUGCUGGAAUUUCUCAUCAAAGGAAGACGGAGGACCACGCUAUGCAGUUUUUUAGAGGCUUGAACGAACAAUACAGUAACGUCACCUCUCAUGUUUUAAUGAUGGACCCAAUCCCAUCUAUUUCAAAGAUCUUCUCCUAUGUUGUUCAGCAGGAAAGGCAAAUCGGAGGACACAAUUUCUUUAAUGGAGUCGAAGCCAAGAUUAAUAGCACCACUGUCACUUGUAGCUAUUGCAAGAAAGCUGGUCACACCAAGUCUAUCUGCUAUAGGAAGCACGGGUUCCCUGGCAGCAAGAAUAAUGAUAACAAAAACACAAGGUAUGCUAAAAAGGUUUGCUCCUUUUGUGGUCGCAAUGGGCAUAUAAUAGAAAAUUGUUACAAGAAGCAUGGCUUUCCACCAAGAUAUAAAGCAAGCAACAAGAACAACGUUGUGAAUAGUGUGGACACUAUUCAGGAAGCUAAGAAUGAAUCUGGUGCAGAAGACCAAGAUUUUAAAUUGUCACAGCAACAAUAUCAAGCCCUCAUGAGUCUACUGAAGCAAAAAAGUGGUAAUGGCACUGAUAAUGUAUAUGUUAAUCAGGACAAGAUGUCAAUCAAGAAGAUUGGUAUAGCUGAUCUUCAAUCAGGAUUAUACAUACUAAAGGGAGAUAAAGAAGCUGGAUGCAAUCUCUCUUCACGGGUUUGCAACAGUACUGUAAGUCAGAAUAUUUGGCAUAUGCGGCUUGGACAUCCUUCUCGUCAAAGAAUGGCUAUUCUCAAUAAAAGACAUUUGGGGCCCAUGUACUAUGACUUCCAUGAACGGUGA